AAAUUGUUCUUUCAAGUGAGGUUUCUGCUUAAAUUAGUAUUGCUCGCGAUCUCUGAAGUAAUCACCGCCUUCGUUAGCAACUUUGGUCCACGAUGUUUGUUUACACGGAAGCGGAUCGACGGCCAGGUAGUGCUGGUCACUGGAUCCGGAAAUGGUCUCGGUCGACUAAUUGCGCUGAAGUUUGCUAGAACCGGUUGUAAGCUGGUGUUGUGGGACAUUGAUGAACAAGGCAACGAGGAAACGAGAAGGCAGUGCGAGGAUUUGGGUUGUGAGGCGUACGCCUUCCGGGUGGACGUAUCACAAAGGCAUGAAAUUUACAAAGCAGCGAAACGAGUCAUCACCGAGAUCGGUUUUGUCGACAUCGUCAUAAACAAUGCCGGGAUAAUUCGCGAUUUUGGCGAUUUCCUCUCCAAAUCUGAUGAUUCGAUCGAGAAAACAAUUCAAGUGAACAUGCUCUCACAUUUUUGGAUGGCGAAGGCAUUUCUUCCUGAAAUGAUUGAACGAGACACCGGACACAUUGUCUGCGUUUGUUCUUUGGCAGGAAUUGUUGGAGCCAGGGAUCUCGUGGACUACACUGCGUCGAAAUUCGGUGCCUUCGGAUUUCAGGAAGCUCUGGAGAAUGAAACGUAUUCGAGAAGGAAACGGAAUAUCCAAUUCACCACAAUUUGUCCAUCUUUCAUUCAAACCGGAAUGUUCACCGACAUUGCG